AUGAUCACAAUCAUGAACUGCUACUCACCAACCGGCGCAGUUGAUGAGUACGGAUUAGAUGUGUUCCACUAUCAGUUGGAGGGACUUAUCCGCAAUGAUAAAAAGUAUCAUAAAUUUCUUUUCGAAGCCUUCAACGCCAGAACAGGAAAGGCCAACGAUAGCGAAUACAAGAUCGGAAAUUUUGGAUUAGGAGAAGGAACUGAGAAUGGGAACCGUCUCGCAGGACUCCUGUCAGCAGCACGUCUCUUCCAUAGAAAUUUGUUUUUCCAGAGGAAAGAAAGCCACCUCUGGACAUGGGAGUCUCCUAAUGACAUGACUCAAGCGGAGAUCGACCACAUUCUGACAAACAGAAGAUGGUGCCUACUUGACACAUUGGUAGUCUCGUCAUUCUGUACUGGUUCCGAUCACUGCCUUCUUUGCGCGAAGAUUCGAUUCAGCCUUAAGCUGGAAAGGAAUUCUCUUCAUCGACCACGAGGAAAAAGUCAAGCUGUAUAG